UCCGCGUCUGUUAGAAAAAGUGGGCGGAAGUGUUGGCCCUUUAUUUCAAAAACGGAGUGAUGUCAAACAACAGCGGCAGACUCUCUGACAUAGUCAGCUGUCUUCCAACCAGCUUAUUCAACGCCCAUAAACCGGUCGAAGAGGAUAACUCGAUGCCCGCGACGUAGCCUAACCAUUCUGCAGAGGUCGUUCGGAGGCUUGAAAUGACAACAUCUGCGAAUGCCAUGAACGCAUCGCAGUUCUCCAGCCCAUUGCACCUGCAUAUAGUUAAUAUCAAAGGACUCAUGAAAGGGAAGUUUGGCUCUCAGAUACGAGCAUUUUUCAUGUGACUACUACAGAUCCGUUUGAAUGUGAGAUCAUAUCUAGACUAAGACCACAGGAGAGCUGCAUGUCAUUCAUGGACACGGGGAGGAACUUCGCGCAUUGAUAAUAAUAAAAGAGGAUGUUUCGUUUCUUUUUCCUUUUUUUCCCCCCAUAUAAUUCUUGAACGUGCUUGGCAUCCCUGUUUUCUCCGAAGGUUCCGAUGGUUUCGGUAGGACGAUAUUAAUGUGGGUGGACCUUGGCGCAUCUCCAACGGAUAUUUUUUUAGGGGGCCGCAGGAUCGGACUAUUUACUACAGCGAGCUUUGUAGUCCUUUUUACAUAUAAACCAGCGAACAUUUUUUUUAAACGCAAGCACCAGAGAUAUUCUACCUCCUUUGUCAGGAUAUAAUGGCCGAGGACACAGCUAUAGAUAGGCUGAGCACUGCAGCUGCGAUUGGAGAUCUGAAAGAAAUUGAGCAGACACUGCAAAGCAACGUGAACGUUAAUGAGAAGAACAAGUACGGCAGGACACCAUUGCAGGUGAUGAAACUUGGCUGCCCGUGCAUAGCGGAAGCGCUGCUUCUAGCUGGCGCCGACCCAAAUGCGCGCGAUCCCAUCCUACGACUGACCGUCAGUCACGACGCCGCGCGAGACGGGUAUCUGGACACUCUACGGGUGCUCGCGCAGAAUGGUGCUGAUGUCAAUCUCCCUGACAACGACGGCAACCUGCCUCUGCAUCUGGCGGCGCGGGAGGGACACCUGGAUGUCGUGCAGUAUCUCGUGUCUGACUGCAGCACGCCGCCUUUUCUGCCUAACGCGAAAGGUUACACGCCUCGUGACCUGGCUUUCAUGCACAAAAAACACAGAACUGUGGAGUGGUUAGAGAACAUUGCGCCUUCACAAUCCAGCUAGAGAUUAUGACUAUGGGCCUGUGUGUUUUGUUGUGUAACAGAGGUAGCAGACAAAUGCUGAAUGAGCGAAUUAUUGCAUUGCAGACAAUUCAGCCAACUACCUCUUAUUGCAUUGUAAAAUAUUGGGCUCAGGGGCUUGUC